GUCGCGUUACAUUCAGUAGGCUGGUGCGUUUGCACGCGUGCGGGCCGUAAAAAAAAAAAUACGCGUGGGCAUUUUCUUUUAGCUCUUAAUUAAAGAAAUGAUUAGGUUUUUGUACACAGAUUGCGUUUCUGAGUCGGUAUUUCAACUUGUGAACCUCGUUUCAGAUUAUAAUCCUGAAACGACGUGAUGCACGUGAGGACACGUGGGUGGUACGUAGCACGUGUCACUUUUUAGGUUUGAAUUAGAGCAAAUAUGGAUCAUGCGCAGUGCAUGAUUUGUCUUCCAUGAGAUGGGGAAAGAGAAGAGGUGGGACCCCUGAAAGGCAGCCAGUGGUUGGGACCCCUGAAAGGCAGCCAGUGGUUGGGACCCCUGAAAGGCAGCCAGUGGUUGGGACCCCUGAAAGGCAGCCAGUGGUUGGGACCCCUGAAAGGCAGCCAGUGGUUGGGACCCCUGAAAGGCAGCCAGUGGUUGGGACCCCUGAAAGGCAGCCAGUGGUUGGGACCCCUGAAAGGCAGCCAGUGGUUGGGACCCCUGAAAGGCAGCCAGUGGUUGGGACCCCUGAAAGGCAGCCAGUGGUUGGGACCCCUGAAAGGCAGCCAGUGGUUGGGACCCCUGAAAAGAUUGACUUAACUGGUUGAAUGACCGUGUACACAAAGGACGUCUUGUGGAAGAAGAAUAAUUUGAUGCUUGUAGAAUAAACUUUUACACUUCAUGACCAUA